AUGGACCGAAGAGCAUCGCGGAACGAUUACGCCCCUGCAUGGGAAGACAACGAAAUCAGUCUGAUACCAGCAGACAAUGUAUCACCAUCAAGCUACACGGACAGCCAGGCUGCCGAUAUCCCCAUGCCAACCUCGAAAAAAGACAAGCGGCCUUCAACGGCCAGCCUGCGUACACCAAGAAACGGCAAGCGGACAUCAACAUCGCUCAACGCCCAAAAGUUCGUCCCACUAUCCAUGCGAGCUCUCUAUUACUCCGUCGAGCCAGUAACAGACUCGUCAAUGGAACCGAUCCCCGACGGACCUGCGAGUCCCAAGCCCCGCCGUUUCAGCAACCCGGGCACACAACUCGUUCUCGAUGCAAAUUUCCCAACGCCCCAGCCCUCGCCGCAAGAGUAUCUUCUCAAGGUGCAGACGGCAGCGUUUUGUCAUGACGAGAUGCGUCUAGCGACUGCAUUGAAUCCGCAGAAGACUACGCCGCAGAUCCCACUGCACAGUAUCUGCGGGACCGUUAUUAGCACUCCAACGCAGGACCUUGAACGGCCCGAAGGAUCGAAGUUCAAGAUCGGGGAUACCGUUUGGGGCGUGACGAGUUAUACUCGUGACGGUGGUGCGGCAGACUAUGCUGUUGCAACGGAGUCGGAGCUUGCGCUUAAGCCUGCGAAUAUAGGUGCCCAGGAGGCUGCUGCAUUGGCAUUACCUGGGUUAACGGCGUGGCAGGCGCUGUUCCGGUAUGCGGAAAUCGAUCCCGAUGCGUCUGUGAAUGGCAAUGGAAAUGGAAAGGGGAAAGAAAGCGAGACUGAAUAUGCCAAUGGACAUGGGAAGGGGAACUAUAAUGGGAAUGGUCAGGGGAGAGUGAGUCCUCGGGCCAAUGGUAAUGGCAAUGGUGGUAAUGGGCAGAGCAUGUUCAGAACGGACAUAUUUGGCGAGAACAACAGACAAGGCAAUGGCAAGAGUCAUGUGAACGGGAACGGGAAUGGAAACGGCUAUCAGAACGGCUACGCUGGAAAGAAAAGCAUCUUUGCCAAUGGGUAUGGCAACGGCAGAAGCAAUGGCAACGGCCCUAGUUGGUUGAGGAAGAGCGUGGAUGGAAUCAACAACCUCGUGAGGACUGCGAGUACGAUUACCGGCGCAAGCGGAAGUGCGAAUGGCAAUGGCAAUGGAAACGGUCAUGAAUAUGGCUACGGCAGACGUCGUAGUAGUUGGCGAAGAGGAAGCGGCCGACUUCUAAGAAAACGAGGCUCGGAGAUGAAACUGCGCGUAUUGAUCACCAACGCCCGAGACAGCGAAGUCGGUCGAAUCGCCGUGCAGCUCCUUCGCGCAGAGAAGCUUUUCACAUUUCCCGAGCGGCCGUGGAUUUGUGUGACCUGUACAGCCAUGGAAGCAGAUAUUGUGCGCGGGAGUUGGGACGUUGACGAGGUCGUUGUUCUCCCAAAUAUCCCCGAAUAUGAUGAGUGCGACCUGGGGAAGGUAUUCCGAGCCCAGCGAUGGGAACCCGUUGAUGUGGUCUUGGAUUGCUCUGGAGGGGCUGUCUUUCAACAAGCCCAUUCACCCGCGGUUGUUCAAGAUGGAGGCGCAGUUUUGACGGCUGUGGAUCCUUGGCCGGCGCAGGAACCGGAUGUGUCUGAUCCUCUUGAUACUCUCGGCCGAAGAAAGCGCGGUAUCAAGACAAUGUUUGUGCCUGUGAAUCCCGAUGCAAACUCUCUGGCACGAAUUGUAGAGCUCGUCGAGAGCAAUAUGGUCCGAGGGAGACCUGAGCAGGUCACAGAUCUCAUGCAUGCGGAUCGAUUGUUAAAGGACCAUGCCGUGGGCGCUGGCGCUGUUCGCCGAGGAGUGAUGAUGGUGAUCCGCGUCAAUUGA